AUGCCUGCCGCCCCCGUGCCCCCUCCCGCCCUCCCUACCUCGCUGGACUAUCCACGCAUCAAGCUGCUUGCCAUCGGCGAUGUCGGCGUAGGCAAGAGCUGCCUCGUCAAGCGCUACUGCGAGGCCCGCUUCGUGGCGAAGUAUAUCCCCACCAUCGGCAUCGACUUUGGUGUGAAAAAGGUAGACGUGAGCAAGGCAGCCGUGCUUCAGCUACGCAGCAGCGAGCUAUCACCGUCCGCGGCAACGGCUCAGGGCCGCGGCGGCGCCUCCUCGGCCAUCCCUCCAGCGGUGCGCGUCAACUUCUGGGACGGCUCCGGUGAUGGCGACUAUCGAGAAAUCCUCAACGAGUUCUACGAAGCCGCCCAGGGCGUGCUGCUCAUGUAUGAUGCUCGUAACGCGCAGAGCUUCACCGCCCUGCAAAGCUGGUGGGAAGAGCUCACCAUGUACUGCCAAGGAAUGCCGGCAGCAAGCGGUGGUGGUGAAGGCAGCGACCCUGCUCUGUUCGGUAACGCGGCCGCGGCUGGCACCGCUGGGAAGCGAGCGUCCGUCUCCAACAUUGUAACGAGCGGCACCGCCGCCGGGAAAGCCGUCGGGGGCACCGACGGCAAGGCACCGAUUGUCGUACUUUGUGCGAACAAGGUCGAUGGCACGGCGGUCCCCGGGGCAGCCGCGCCGCGGCCGCGGGCUGUGAGCGAGGAGCAAGGACGUGCGUGGGCACGCGAGCACGGCUGUGCGGCCUACUACGAGACGAGCGCCAGCACAGGGCAAAAUGUAAAAGAGGCCAUCGAGGACUUGGUGGUGCGGGUAGUCGUCAAGUUCAUGUGA